AUGAACGCUCUUCUUGUCCUCCUUAUUGCCUUCGCUAGUGCGAGUUCUGAAGGAUUGGUCUCCUUGACCGCUGAAACCUUCCCAACUUACAAAGCCAGUGGAAAGACCAUCUUGGUGAAAUUCUUUGCUCCAUGGUGCGGACACUGCAAAAGACUCGCCCCAACUUAUGUUGAGCUUGCUACUGCUAUGAAAGAAAACGAAAACGUUGUCAUCGCUGAAGUUAAUUGCGACGACAACAGAGAGAUCUGCACUGCCAACGGCGUCAGAGGAUUCCCAACAGUCCAAUUGUUCAACGGUGAAGCCGAACCAGUCAAGUACCAAGGACCAAGAACUUUGGAAGACCUCAAAAAGUUUGUCUUGGACAACGUCCCAGCCAAGCAGUGA